GGGAAUUAUUAGUUUUUCAAAAUUUGAAGUUGAAAACUUGUUUCACUCAUUUUUGAAAAAAUUGAAUUUUGAAAGCAUUAAACUCUCUCCCUUUGCAUCUCCAUUUCCUGUUUCUAGUCAACUCCAUCAGUCCAUUUUCAUGAAUCAAAUAUGGCAAUAGUGAAGAUGGCUGCUAAUCCUGUACGACCAAAAAAACGUCAGUUAGACGAUGAUAUGAAGCUCGGUGAAUCCGAAAAACAUAAGAAACCAGUGUCUGGACUGAAAAAAAGGACUGGGGUACACGUUAUACGAGAUUUCCCUCCGGGCUGUGGGGUGAUUAAAACCGUUAGUGGUAAAAUGGAUAGGGGUCCUUUAAAGAGAUUAGAAAAUGUUGACCCGAAAGUUGGAAAGGCUACGAAACCUGAUAGAAAAAAGGAUGUGUUUGGGUUAAGACCAGUUGGUAAUGUUAAGGUUGGAGAUGCUACUUUUGCUGCUAAAAAAGUUGAAGAUGUUAGACAUGUUGUUAUUUCAGAAAAGGAGCGAGUUAGGCGUGAAAAGAUUCAAGAGGCGAUGAAGCUGUUUAAUGAGGUUUAUGACCGUAUGUUUUUGGAAAAUAAAGUGAAGGAGAAAGGCGAAAAGAUUGCACAUUGGAGAGUUCCUGGAGAGGCUGCUAAGGUAGUGAAAGAUAGGGUGAAAUGGGUUGAUUUUGGGAAAGUGCUAGGACCGCUUUGUGGGGUUCAAGUUGGGGAUAAGUUUAGGUUCAGGUCACAACUUCAGAUGGUUGGUCUUCAUUGUCAACCGCAAGCGGGUAUAGAUUAUACACAGAUAAAAGGGAAAAUUUUGGCUAUUAGUAUAGUUGACUCUAAUAGUUACUCAAAUGAAAGAGAAUCGGGUGAUGUGUUGUUUUAUUCUGGCCAAGGUGGGCUUAAGUUUCUAGGGAAUAAGGAGGUACUUCCAGAAGAUCAGAAACUUGAAAAGGGAAAUUUGGCUUUGAAGAACAGUAUGAAUGAGAAGAAUGUGGUUCGUGUGAUUAGGAAAGUUCAAGAGGUUGGGAGGAACGGUAAUGCGUUUGUGUAUGAUGGGUUAUAUCUUGUGAACAAUUUUACUCAGGAGAAAGGCACAGAAGGCAACAUGGUGUUUAUGUUCCAGUUGAACAGGGUUCCCGGGCAACCUCCAUUUCACAAAUUUCUUAAAGGCUAGCAGGUCAUAACUAAUAACAUCCUUGCAUUUGGAUUUCACCUCUUCAAAUGCUUUAAUAUUGCUGAUAUACUAGUUUGUAGAUGAGUAUAUCAUCGUGGUAGCGUUAUACUAAACAUCUAUGUGAACAAAUCUCUAGAUAUUACGGGUAAAAUUUGUCUAAUAUACAUGUGUUAGGACAUGGUCAUGGUACAAAUAUGUUUAUAAGUCCACUUUAGCUCUAACUCUUUGUAUUCUUGAUGAUAAUAGUCUGAAUAGUGGUGGUGUAGAUCA